AUGGGUAAUCCAACUCAGAUCAUUAUCAAUUGUGAUCCAGGCAUUGAUGACGUCUUGUCUAUCAUUAUGGCUUUAUCACAUCCGGAAAAGGUGCAGGUUAGAGCAAUAUGUAUAAGCCAUGGUAAUACAACUGUAUUGCAUGGUCGUGAGAACAUCGUUCGUCUCUUCUCAGUGCUACAAAAGCAUAUCGAGGAAAACCCUGAUGAAGCACAAAGCGAAGGCUUAAAGAAGGCCUUGAAAAGUGACAACAAAAUAAUACUGGCAAAAGGAGCAUCUCAUCCACUGCAAGGCCCAACAUUCAACUCUUCCGCAUAUCACGGUAAAGACGGACUCGGAGAUAUAAGCACAUUGCCGGGAGAUCCAUGGCCUCUUCCAGAUUGCCUUCCAGAGCCUCUCGUUGAAACGGAUAAAAGCGCAGAUGAAGUCAUGCUGGAUAUCCUUCGCACAAAUGAUUCAGGAACGGUUCAAAUCGUUUCUCUCGCCCCACUUACAAACUUAGCUCUUGCUUGGCAAAAAGAUCCUGUAACUUUCUUACGAGUUGGCGGUAUUUCAGCAAUGCUUGGAAAUCUUGAUGUUCCUGGAAAUGAUACCCCUUCUGCCGAAUUUAACGCAUUCGCCGAUCCUUUUGCGUUUCGAAUUUUAUUGCAAGAUGCUCCUAAAUUCCCAGCACUCAAAGAGCUAUCCAAACGACUGCCUUUUGAUAUGUUGCCACUAGAUAUCACCAACCAACACAAAGUUCCAUUUGCGCAAUUGUGCAGUGAUGCUGUCAAGGAGAAAAAUAUUCUGCAAAAAUUCAUCGCAGCAAUUCUUGCACAUCCAAGACAAAGAGCAAAUGCCCGUGCACCGAAAGACGAGCCGUUGGAUCGUGAAAAGUACGAUAAUUUUACCGCGCACGACCCGCUUGCAAUGGCCCAUGCCAUAUUCUGUCCUUCUCCGAUUGAGCGAAACGAACAAAUAAACGAGCCAAUCGAUGAAUCGUUUUCCGAAUGGCACAUCAAAACACGCACCUUCGGAGUCGAAACUGACGGUUAUUUGACUCGUGGAGAAUGUGUGGUUGAUCAUCGACAGUAUAGUAAAGGUAAGCCAUUCACCAUCCCAACAGGAACAUACGCCAAUUCUGCAUCCGAUCGCAAUGAAAGAUAUCACCCGGAACCGUCCUUGAGGAUGUCCAGGAGGAUAAGUCGGAUAGUCAGCUGGAUCAAGACGGACAAAGAGGAUCAAGCAAACCCUUCCUCUGCAGGGACAAAGGAGGUGGAAGCUACAUUCCAGGAAACAGCAGAUCUUCACGUAAACGAUGAACAAAAAAGACAGUUCACAGGAGAAUGGGACAUCGUCAUAUCUUCACCUGGCGUCGACUGGUUCAGAGGUAUGUUCCUUAAAUCCUUGACGCUAUAA